AUGGCAGGAAAGACCUUUGGCUCGUCUUUCCCCUAUGCCGACCCCUUGUGGUACUCUCGGGGCGUCUCGCCCUAUUACAACGAGAGCCAUAGACAGCUGAGAAAGGACGUUCGUCAAUACGUGGAUGACCACAUCACUCCGUAUUGCGAGCAGUGGGAGAAACAAGGCCACGUCCCUGCAGAGGUCAUCAGGAAGCAUUCAGACCUUGGAUAUACGGCAGUGUCGGUCUUCCCCUUGGACAAAGAAUACGCCAAAGGCAUCCGGUUGCCUGGAGAUAUCCCGCUGGACAAAUGGGACGCCUUUCACGACUUGAUCUGCAUCGACGAGAUCAUGCGGUGCGGCUACCUGGGCGUGGUUUGGGGCUUGACUGGGGGAAACAUCUACGGCGCACCACCGCUUGUCAACUAUGGGACGGCACGACAGAAGCGACAGUUCCUGCCAGGCAUCUUGAGAGGAGAUAUACGCUUCGCCCUCGCGGUCACCGAGCCUGAUGCUGGAUCGGAUGUCGCAAAUAUCCAGACAACCGCGACGAGAAACGGCGACGUCUAUGUAGUCAACGGUGCGAAAAAAUGGAUCACCAACGGCUUGUGGGCGGACUACUGCACCACUGCUGUGCGGACCGGCGGCCCUGGCGCCAACGGCAUCUCAGUGCUGAUAGUCCCCAUGAAGAACAAAGGCGUCACAUGUCGUCGGAUGGAAAACUCUGGAGUAUCAGCCAGUGGAUCGACAUACAUCGACUUUGACGACGUCGAGGUACCCGUGGAGAAUCUGCUGGGUUCAGAAAACCAAGGGUUUCCCAUGAUCAUGUCCAAUUUCAACCACGAACGCCUUUGGCUCGCCUGUGCAAGUCUCCGCCUGGCACGAGUCUGCGCCGAAGACGCCUUCCGACACGCCAUCAUCCGCGAAACGUUUGGGCACAAACUGAUCGAGAGCCCCGUGAUCCGGUGGAAGUUCUCCACGUUCGGCAGACUGCUCAACUCGGCGCACGCGCACAUGGAGGAGCUGACGUACCUGCUGCACACGAUGGACAAGGCCGCGGCCCAGGACGCACGGCUGGGCGGGCAACUGGCGAACCUGAAAGUCCUGGCCGGGCGGGUUCUGGAGCGGGUGAACCGCGAAGCGCAGCAGGUGCUCGGCGGGGCGGGAUACAACAAGACCGGGAGGGGGGCGCGCAUCGAGCAGAUCAGUCGGGACCUCAGGCCGUUGGUGGUGGGAGGUGGGAGUGACGAGAUCUUGUCGGACUUGGCCAUUCGAGAGGAGAUUAAGCGGUCGGGCGUGGGUGUGAAUCUGAGCAGACUGUAA